UCCACUCCCACAUUAGCUUCAGCCUUAUCAGCAGUAUCAGCAGCACCAGAAGGGAACGGAAGAACUGAAGAGAAUGUACUGCCCUUACAGAGCUUAGGGAGCGAGAAGUGAACAGCAGCAGUGGGUCUUUGGCUUUGCUUCAGUCUUUGGUGUAGCUACGUGUCUUCGGCUGCACAUAAACUUCGGCACUGUUAAGGGGGCCCGGCUAAUUUGAAAAGUGCAACACAGCCCAGUACAGCUGUACCCCCUGUGCCCCCCUGAUGGUGGCCCUGAUCGUCUUGCUCUGUGUCCGUCAGUCUGGCAUGCCUUGCUGUGCCUAGUGUCAGUCUCCUCCUUGCAUUGCUCCCUCCUCCCUCCAUAGGGCAGUAUUGGCCAUCAUUCACACGUUCUGCUUCCAGCAGCAGCCGCCACCUUGGUAGCAGCUUAGCCGGAGCCCACAAACAGUUUUCCCCAUCGGGUCACCUCAGCAGAGAUGUCCGAGCAGAGCAGCAGCAGCAGGUACCAACAGUUGCAAAAUGAAGAAGAGCCUGGAGAAAAUGCCCAGGCUUCUGCAGAUGCCCCUCCACCAUACAGCAGUAUCGCUGGAGAAAGUUCAGGACUAUUUGAUUACAAGGACGAGUUAGGCUUUCCAAAACCACCCUCUUAUAAUGUGGCAACAACCCUCCCCAGUUAUGAUGAAGCAGAGAGGAGUAAAGCAGAAGCUACCAUCCCUCUUGUCCCUGGAAGACACAGGGAGAGAUUGGAUACCUUUGAUGAUUUCUUCCCUAUUUCACUGGAGGAUGACGAUUUUGUGGCGAGGGAUGAUUUUGAUGAUGCAGAUCAGCUGAGGAUAGGAAACGAUGGGAUUUUCAUGCUUACAUUCUUUAUGGCAUUCCUGUUCAACUGGAUUGGAUUUUUCCUUUCUUUCUGCCUAACCUCAUCCGCAGCAGGCAGAUAUGGAGCCAUUUCUGGUUUUGGUCUCUCUCUAAUUAAGUGGAUUCUAAUUGUACGGUUCUCCACCUACUUCCCUGGAUAUUUUGAUGGACAGUACUGGCUUUGGUGGGUGUUCCUAGUACUGGGAUUCCUCCUCUUUCUCCGAGGCUUUAUUAAUUAUGCAAAGGUUCGAAAGAUGCCUGAUAACUUUUCCACUCUCCCCCGGACCAGAGUUCUCUUUAUUUAUUAAAGAUGUAUUUCGGUCUCCGCCUUCCUGCAUCUACCAUCAUCCCCUGUAUUGGAACACCUGCAGGAAGAGUGUUAACUGCUCGAAAAGAAACUGAAGGAGAGGAUAAAAUCACGUUGGAAUUAAAAAAAAAAUUAAAAAUUCUGAGAAAACAUCAAGAAAACAAAUAAAAUCAGUACUUCUGAAGAUGAAGAAGAAAAAUUAGCUUUUUUUCCCAUUUUUUUUUUUUAUAUAGAUGUAUGACUUUUCAUAGGUCUUGCAGAAUUCUGGAAUCAUUAGUGGCUACUGUAUAAAAUCAAAGCUAUCGCAAUCAAGUUUGUGAUGUACUUAAUAAAAAGCCUUAUAUAUUGUU